GUGAACGGGGCCGCGACACGCAGGGGACUGGUUGACGGCCGCGACUCCAUUUUGUUCGCCGCUUCUCUGCUCCAGACGCCGAGACCGGUUCCGGAGGAGCGGCGAGGAUGCGGCCCUUGGACAUCGUCGAGCUGGCGGAACCGGAGGAAGUGGAGGUGCUGGAGCCCGAGGAGGACUUCGAGCAGUUCCUGCUGCCCGUCAUCAAUGAGAUGCGGGAGGACAUCGCGGCGCUGACGCGGGAGCACGGGCGCGCGUACCUGCGGAACCGGAGCAAGCUGUGGGAGAUGGACAAUAUGCUCAUCCAGAUCAAAACGCAGGUGGAGGCCUCGGAGGAGAGCGCCCUGAACCACCUGCAGAGCGCCGGCGACGGCGGCGAGGGCCGGGCGGCCAAGCGGGGCGAGAAGGCCGAGGAGAAGGCCAAGGAGAUCGCGAAGAUGGCAGAGAUGUUGGUGGAACUGGUCCGGCGGAUAGAGAAAAGCGAGUCGUCCUGAGCGAGGGUCGGCGGUUUACAGCCAAUGGAUUCUGGUCCACUCAUGGAGAUUGGCUGACACCCUGGAGAAGCUGAAACCAGAGAGCCUUUUGUUUUCUCCCUUGUUUUCUCUGUCCUCUGUCCUCAUUUACACUACGUUUCUGCUGUGGUCUGCGGUUGAUGACCUCAAUAUGAGUUUUGACUGUCCGAUGUUUUUGUUUGGGGAAGUAGGGCCUAGAUUGUAAGCUCUUGCAGCAGUCCCGUUUGUUCCUGGGCUUUGGUUAUUUCUAAAUGUUGAGGCGCUUUGCUCUUUUCUCGUGUGACCUGAUAGCUCCCUGGAACUUUGGGUCUGUGUGUGACACAUGAGGCUCAGAGUUGGGGUUCUCCAGCUCUGGAGGCGCUGAAGGAGCUGCUUGACUUCUGAAGACGACUCCAUGCAGCAGUGGCUGAAGAAGCUGACGGAGGGACCAGACUUCAACUGGGAACGGGAGUGGGCCCGUCUGGCCGGGCUCAUGGAUCAGAAGAAGGUGGAAGAUGGCGUUGUCUGUGUUUUGGGACUCGAAGUUCUUUCUGUGUGAGACCAAAGGAGGAGAGGUGUAUUUUGUUCAAAACUUAAGUUUUAUCAGGCACACUGUCCGGUGUAGCCUGUCUGGUCAGUUUGUUUGGACAACCUAACGCAGCUUUACCUGACAUGGAACCUAGAGUAGGAGGUGAGAUCUUGCACCCCGCACACCGUGCUUCGAUGCCCUGGUGCGGUGCAGAGGGUAAAGUGGAAGAGGUACUGGCCAAGGCCCAUGAGAGGCUGUGGAGGGAAAGCAAGGACUGUCUGCAUUGGACCCUAACAUGGACAGGGACUAGGCAUCUUUAAGGUUCAUAAGUUGUCCAGCUCUAAGUUCAUUUGAGUAGCAGACCUGACACGUCUUUGAGGUCAAAACCCUACCAUGUGUUUUAAAAAAAGUUACCAUGUUAAUAAAAGUAUUCAUUUGCUUGAAAAGACAAA